CGCUCGGCUCGCGUAGCCCGGGAUCGGUUCCGUGUGGAGUCGGGAUGCGGGGCGCCAGGUCCGCGGCUGAGUCCUGAGGCAAGGGAGCCGUCCUCCAUCGCUGCCCCGCCGCCGUCGCCGCGCCGCCGCCUCGGGCCCGCCGCUCUGAGGAGGCGAAUCUGCCGCCGAGGCUCGCGGGCCCGGUGACUCGGCAGGAGAAGAUGGCGACCGUGUGGGACGAGGCCGAGCAAGAUGGCAUCGGGGAAGAGGUGCUCAAGAUGUCCACGGAAGAGAUCAUCCAGCGCACGCGGCUGCUGGACAGCGAGAUCAAGAUCAUGAAGAGCGAGGUGCUGCGAGUCACCCAUGAACUGCAGGCCAUGAAGGACAAGAUCAAAGAGAACAGCGAGAAGAUCAAAGUGAACAAGACCCUCCCCUACCUGGUGUCCAACGUCAUUGAGCUCCUGGACGUGGAUCCCAAUGACCAAGAGGAAGAUGGUGCUAAUAUUGACCUAGACUCCCAGCGGAAGGGCAAGUGUGCCGUGAUCAAGACCUCCACCCGACAGACAUACUUCCUGCCCGUGAUUGGCUUGGUGGAUGCUGAGAAGCUGAAGCCGGGAGACUUGGUGGGUGUGAACAAGGACUCCUACCUGAUCCUGGAGACUCUGCCCACAGAGUAUGACUCGAGGGUGAAAGCCAUGGAGGUGGACGAGAGGCCCACGGAGCAGUACAGCGACAUCGGAGGCCUGGACAAGCAGAUUCAGGAGCUGGUCGAGGCCAUUGUCCUACCCAUGAACCACAAGGAGAAGUUCGAGAACUUGGGCAUUCAGCCUCCAAAAGGGGUGCUGAUGUACGGUCCCCCAGGUACUGGAAAGACCCUCCUGGCCCGAGCCUGUGCCGCACAGACCAAGGCCACCUUCCUGAAGCUGGCCGGCCCCCAGCUGGUGCAGAUGUUCAUUGGGGAUGGCGCCAAGCUGGUGCGGGAUGCUUUUGCCCUGGCCAAGGAGAAAGCCCCAUCCAUCAUCUUCAUUGAUGAGCUGGAUGCCAUUGGCACCAAGCGCUUCGACAGUGAGAAGGCAGGGGACCGUGAGGUGCAGAGGACGAUGCUGGAGCUUCUCAACCAACUGGAUGGGUUCCAGCCCAAUACGCAAGUCAAGGUCAUUGCAGCCACCAACAGAGUGGACAUCCUGGACCCUGCCCUGCUCCGCUCAGGUCGUCUGGACCGAAAGAUUGAGUUCCCGAUGCCCAACGAGGAGGCCAGGGCGAGAAUCAUGCAGAUUCACUCCCGGAAGAUGAAUGUCAGUCCUGAUGUCAACUAUGAGGAGCUUGCUCGCUGCACAGAUGACUUCAACGGGGCCCAGUGCAAGGCCGUGUGUGUGGAGGCGGGCAUGAUCGCACUGCGCAGAGGGGCCACGGAGCUCACGCACGAGGACUACAUGGAGGGCAUCCUGGAGGUGCAGGCUAAGAAGAAAGCCAACCUGCAGUACUACGCCUAGGGCUGCGCUGCCCGUGCUGCGGGGAUUGGAAUAAAA